AUGGAAAAUCCAGAAAGGAUUACUAUUAUAACAAGAUCUUCAAGCUUAGAAGUUGAGAUCGACAGUCCACCGAGAUACGAAGAUGUUGUUAGAAUGCCUAAUACUUCUCCAGAAGAAGUCACAAAUUCUAAUGAAGAGUUAAGAAAUCAUUUGUCAGAACAAGUGGCGAAUGCAGAAUAUCAACGCCUUGAGAACAGAAUUCGUUCUCUUGAAGAUACAACUACAUCUUUAAAAGAGACGAAAAGAGAAUUAACAAAUUUUAUUUAUUUAUUAUUUUUAAUUAUUUGUUUCGGUUGUUUCUACAUUUACAGAAUCAACGAAACUAACUCAACUUUACUUCAUAAUGCUGUUGAUGAUAGAGUUAAAAAAGAACAUUUUUGUAGAUUAUUAAUUGAAUUAGUAGAAAAAUAUUUAUCAAUGUAA